AUGUCAAAUAAGCCCUCUGACUCAGAAUUUAACUUCUUAGAACACUCUAUGGAAUUCUUAAAGAGCUUGUCUAAGCUUACUCUCAUAUAUGCUGUUAUUUCUAGUUUCGGAAUAAGCGUUAUUUACUUUAUUGAAGAGGGCAUGAAUUCUGGAACAUAGUUAAAUAAUGCUUUCAAAGCUUAUGAAGGAUACGGAUCUGUAAAUUAAUUCUUCAUAGACUAUCCUCAAUUAUACUAAUUUGAUGACUAAGUUCAAAUAUGUGAUCACACAACAUUAACACCUGAAAAUUUUGUUAAAUAGUAUGUCAAUAAAUAGAGACCUUGUUUAUUUAAGGGCUACGCAAAAAUCUGGCCAGCGUUUGAAAAAUGGACUAAUUAGUCGUAUUUAAACGAAACAUCAGGGCAAGAGAUUAUCUAUGCUGAAAAGUAGAAAGAUAACAGAUUUGCUUAUUUUACAGCUGGAGCAAAGAGAGUUUACAUGACAUACUCAUAAUUUUUAGAUACAUUUUAAGAUCCUAAUAGAACAUAUCAUUAUUACUUCUCGUUUGAAGAUCCUCCUGGACCAUUAAAAGAGGAUAUAAUUGACAUUCCAAUCGUAUAGGAUUAUUUUGAAUUAGAACAAUUAACGUUUUGGCAUGGCUUUGGAACACUUACAAGACCACACACUGAUGCAAUGGAAAAUAUUAUAUGUGUCUUUGAGGGCUAUAAAAAUUUCACAAUAGUCCCCCCUCAUCAUACUCCAUUUGUAUAUAAUGGAUAUGAAGGUUUACCCAGAAAUUACUCACCACUAGAAUUUGUAGACCCGGAUUACACUAAAUACCCACUAUUUAAAAAUGCCAAGAUUAUGUCUGCUUUUGUUGACCAAGGUGACUGCUUAUACAUGCCAUCAUUUUGGUGGCAUUAAGUAGAAAGCAGUAAAGGUGUAACUCUAGCUCUAUCGCAUUGGUAUAAAGUUCAGCAUGAAUUUACUUAAGAAAUAAUUGCUCAUUAUUAGGAUAAAUUUCUUUGA